UAAAUGUAACAUAGAUGUCAUUUAUGACGUGAAAUUUAACAUGGAAUAAAUAUUUUUUAAUACAAUUUAUUCAAAAUGGGAUAUUAAAGCAAUAUUUAUUUAUCUUCUUGCAGUUUUAAAAAAGUGCAUUAUACGUAAUGGGAUGUCUUAUGACUAUCGGUAGGAUAUUUCUUAUCGUUACCAACAUCAUAUUUUUGUUGAUAGGCCUCGUUCUGCUUGUCGUUGGACUAAUUGCAAAGUUCGGUGAAAGUCUGUUCAAGAGUUAUUAUGAAAGCAUUAUAGCAAGUUUAGAAGAUUCCCUGUCCAAAGCUGGAUACGGUGAUGUUACAUUGGACUUCAGCUUAUCGGAACUUGCUGGAAGUCUCCCAAUAGCUUUAAUAGUAACUGGAGUUAUAAUCGCCAUCAUAACAGUUAUAGCAGUUAUUGGAGCUGUUAAGAAAGCUAAAUGUCUUCUGUUGAUCUACAGUAUUGUGAUGUUUGUGAUUAUUGCUGCACAGGUUCUAACUAUGGGAAUGUUUUAUUGGAAACCUGAAAUGAUAACAGCACCUGUCAAAGAUUCGUUAAACUCUACAAUACAGUCAGAUUUUGCUGGGUUAAAUGGAACUAAUGUUGUAUCAAUAGGAUGGAACUUUGUUAAUCAAAAGUUUCAAUGUUGUGGAAUAGACAACUAUUAUGAUUUCUCAGAAGCGACAAAUUGGGUGAAAAAUUUGUCAAGUGGAGCACUAGUGACACCACUCAGUUGCUGUAAAACGUUACCUUCUUCUGCUGACCUGUCAUGUGCUCAGAGUCCUUUAUCAACAAGCACCAACAAUUAUAAUACGGGUUGUUUUGAUGAAAUAUGGGAUCUUGCUCUUGGCAAUGUCGCAAUCACAGCAUCGAUAAUAUCAGUAUGUUUAGUUAUGCAGAUUAUAUUUUUCCUUGUUGCAUUAUGUAUGUAUUCAGACAACAGCCAAAACAAAGUCAAACCGAAAGGAUGAUACUGUGACUCGAACUGACUUAUAUAGAAGCAAUUGAAUCGCUUAUUAUAAUAUAUUAUUGACUAAUGCUAAAGCACUAUAUGCAGCGGAUGAAAACUGGGUCCUGCACUUUAUUUGUAGAAUAUAAUAAAUGUGCGUUUAGGAUAUAAAAUAACAUGAUGAUGGAUUCAAGGAGAGUUCGCAUACUGAAAUUAAAAUAAUGAAAGCUUAAAAAACAGCAAAAAUCAUUCAUCUUGGUCCACUCAACAUACUUCAUGGAUUCGCCCCCUGCAAAAUGCAACUAAAUAAGACAACCGUUAAUUGUCAUUUUUGAAGAGUGCAAAGUAUUCUUCACUGACAUCAAAAAUAACGAAUCAACGAACAUAACGUAACUUAGUUGACUUUUCUGUUACAGCGGAUUCCGCUGAGUGUGUAGCCAAAGGUAAUAUCGUUGGUUACCUUGCUUGUUAGCUGAACCGUGAAGUCAUUGUUAGCUUAGGUAAAGUACCCUACUUUAAGAAUAGACAAGUCCGACAUAAAACCAGUCUAUCUGUCUGUUGGACUAUGCUACUUCGAAACGAGGGUAGUAUACCUGACAUAAAAAUGACUUUACGGUUCAGCUAACAAGCAAACUAACCAAAGAUAUUACCCUUUGCAACACACUAAAUGGAAUCCGCUGUAAAUAUUAUGAAACUUUUCUAAUAGUAUCACGUCAAAAAUUUCGUAUUCAAUACAUGUUUGGAAUGCAAAUGUUGUGACUGUUCUUGUUAUAAAAAAAAAUUCACAAACGAAUAUCUUCAACGGUUCAUUUUUGUUUUAUAUUGUCAAAUUUAAUCUUAACUGUUUUCUUCAUUGUUCAUGAAAAGUUUAAAAUAUUCUGUAAGUAGGCGAGGUCCAUUUUGUCUUAUUAAAUUACACCCCCGUUGAUUGUUAUUGUAAUUAUAUAUUUAGUCCUCAUCCCACUGUAGUCUUGUCUGCUGGCAGACAAGUGUUACAUUGAGUAAAAAAUUGUGUUUGUUUGUUACUUAAUAUGAGAAAUAAAAGUUGUUGAUAUAUUUA